UAAACGAAGAAAAAAGUUAAAAAAAAAAAAAAAAAAAAAAGUCGAAACGGAGGAAAAAUCCGCUGCUGCUGUCCGAGGCGGUCUAAACCGGACCAAGUCGGGCCAAGCUGCGGGAGUGUGUCCCAUGAACUGCACCAGGGUCCUCCACGUCUUGAACCCUCACCCCGGGGGGCCGUCUCCCAUCAUGCCCGUCGACGUGGCUGUGAGGAUCUGCCUGGCCAGCUCGCCUCCUCUGAGCUCCUUCCUCAGGAACUGCAACAAGCGCUCCUCAUCCUCAGCCACUCUCCUGCCGCACUGCCAACCGCUACGACCCUGCCUGACGUCUGCCAUGGCAACCGCGCCAUUAGGGGGCACAGACAGCAGCAGUGGCAGUCCGGCAAGGAUGAGGAGGAAGAAGAGGAAGACUGUGGUUUUCGCUGACUCACAGGGUUUUGCACUCACCACCAUCCACGUCUAUAACGAGUCCGAGGACGAGGGGCUGAGUGAGCUGCUGACCGAGAUCGAGGGUGCCGCCGCAGGACUACACCUGGCAGACAUCAAAGAUUCGGCAGACUGUGGUUCUGGUCUGAUUCUAGACUUCACUCAGCCGGUCGCAGACUAUCUGGACCUGAGGAAUCGUCUCAAAGCCCAGCACGUGUGCCUGGAGACCUGUUCUGUCCAGGAACGCCUGCUCUCAGGUACUGUCCAGGUCCGAAACAUUAGCUUUGAGAAGUCCGUCUGGGUGCGGAUCACCUUCGACUCGUGGCGCUCCUUCCAGGAUGUUCGCUGUCAGUACCUGAACAACGUCUACGGCUGCCCUGACACCGACACCUUCUCAUUCUCCAUCGCAGUGCCAGAGCUCCUCGAACCCUCCAGCAAAGUGGAGUUCUGCAUCUGGUACCAGACUCAGAACCAGACGUUCUGGGACAAUAAUCUCGGGAACAACUACCAACUGGCAGUGGUGGAUCCAAACAGUCGGAGCCGGGCCAUAGAGAGUCCAGCGGGGCUGCUGAUCCAGAGAGACCACAGUGGAGAGAAAAGGGAUGAGAUCCAUUUGGAUUUUGAUCCGUUUGGAAGCCCCCGGACAUCGGCAGGUAUCUUCCCUGAAUGGCAGAGCUGGGGCCACAUAGAGACCACCCCCUACUGGUGAGAACACCACAGGACACGUUUUUAGGUCACGCUCACUGGCUUUUAUGAUAUACAAGAUCCACUCGAGCACUAAAGAGACACUCUCUCCUCCAGAUGUGAUCCAGAUGUUUGUAGGACACACUGUGCACUUCCUCACUUCCUCACUUUACCUCAUAGAAGUUCUCAGAUGGAUGUUUACCUCUGGAUCCAGUCUGUCUCAUGCUGUUUUAUUGCAUGCACCCAAAAACUGAACCUUUAAACCUGGUGGUCCCCACGAAGCCAGCGCUCACCCAGGGCCUCCUUCAAACUUUACCAGCACAGAUAAAAAGUCAGGAGGAACCAGGAGUCAUAAAGGGCUUUGAACCAGCACCCAAAGGAGACUUUAAGGGUCCAUGAGAUGAGCUGAUGGCUUUAGAUUCAUAAGUGCUUUCUCAGAAGCUCCCAAAGAUCCACAAUCAGUUCAGCGCCUUACAGACAUUUCUUCUGGUCUACAGAACUACUUCUUCAUCUUUAGGGUUUCACAAAAGUUGGAUCAUCUUCACAUCAUGAGGCACAGUAGUCUUCAUGAGGCCACAGUGACCGGGUCCUCCUUUGGAGGACUCUGAAACAUCGGCACGGUUCAUGUAAGGGUUCCUGAGGAUGUGGUGCAGGUCCCUCUUUAUGAGUUUAUGUCUCAUGCGUUCUUAUGACUUGAACUAAAUUUGUUUUUGUCCUCAGGAAGCAGCUCUGAGUUAACUCGGUCAAAGAACUCGGUAUCACUGUGAGGAGUGAUGAUGUGCUUAACAGGUCUGUUUAAGGAAAGCGUUUUAACUGUUAUCAAAGACAGGUGUAUUUAUGAGUCACUGCUAGUUGUUAUCAUGAUGAUAAGGUUUAUGAAGUCAGGGCUGUAGGCCACCUGACCUCCUGGUGGUUUACCUGGUAAAUCUGUGGCUGAUCUCCUGUCAGACUUGGACUUGUUGUCUCUUAUCGGAGACUUGAUUUGGACUUGUCGCAGUCGCUCAUGGCUGUGUCAACUUAGACUCGUAGUUAUGUCGGUGAGUUCAGACUAACCUGAUAUCUCGCAGUCUGAGUUUGGACUUGUUUUGGUGCAGAAAUGUUGCAAUAAUCUGACCUUUGACCUGUGACUCGGACCCUGCAGGGACUUGGACUUGUGUUGCACUCCUGGACCGGCUUCAGACAGAGCUGUGCCUUCAUGUCUCGUGUUGAUCCUGAGUCCCUGAAGCUGUUUCACAAGAUGUUCUUGAGUGUCUGUGAUGUUCAGACUUUAACUCUGCAGUUAGCUUGAGAAGCUAAUCCUCAGGCUAAAGUCUCAUGACCUCAUGCACUUUUUCACGUUAAUGAGGUUUAAACAAUCAGGUGAAGGUCAGCCUAGAGUCUGAAUGACACAAACGUCUCUGAUGGGUCGAUGUUAGCGCUGUGGCUCAUCUGUUACUGGGCAGAUUUCAGCCAUGUGUUUUUCCUCUUAUAGAUUUAGCAUUAAAAGGUCAAAGGUCAGGAAAACCUUGUCACAUUUAGUUGUUAGUUUUACUCUGACCCACUGCAGUGGGCGGAGCCACGUGAACCUUCACUUCCUUUUUGCUCCUGAAGCCUUUACUGAACACUCCAGUGCUCUUACCUGUGUGUGUGUGUGUGUGUGUGUGUCUGUGUCUGUGUGUGUGUGUGUGUGUGUGUGUGUGUGUGUGUGUGUGUGCGCAUGUGUGCGUGCAAGCACGCGUGUGUGUAUGCACGUGUGUGUCUGUUGCAUGCCAUGUGACAGGAAGUUGGAGGGAAAUGUGUUUAAAGUGAAUGUGGAUGAUGAUGUCAACACUGGGACCUGAAAUGUUUCCUGAAGGCCCCGUGCUGUGUUCAGGUGCCAUCAGUCUUGAAGCUUGGAGCUUUCGCAACUGCCUCGGGGGGGGGCAGAGAAGAGUUCUGAUGGCCCCUGAACACAGCACGCCGUCCUCAGCUAUGGUAUUUAACUUGGUUAGCUCGUGAGCUAACUGGCUGCUGACCUGUAGUGAGGCUGUGAUGUGAUGUGCAGUGCAACAAUGAUGUCACAAUGUACUGCUUAACCAGGAAGUGAUGUAAGCAGGGAGUGUUUGUCUGUUCCUAUUUGUGUAUCCUUUCAUAAUAAAAGUGUUACAUUUGUAAA